AUGACCUUCGCCCCAAGUAACAUCCUCCUCUUGUUGUUAGCGGAAGCCGCUGUUUCCUUCUAUUUCUUUCCUCACGUGUUCCCUAAAAAUGCGUUGGCAUCGUUUUUCCUUCUCUUCGUUACGGUCCAAGGCACUGCCUGGUGCUUCUACAAACUUGUCAUAUACCCUUUCUUCCGUAGUCCGCUUCGUCACUUACCACACCCCCCGAAAGGAUCCUACCCGUUGGUUGGCCACGGACUGAUACUCUUCAAGCGCCCACCUGGUGAAGCAUUCCUCAGGCUAUUGAAACAGACCGAGAAUGACGGUUUGAUCCACUUUCGUGGGUUCUUCCACACUGACCGUUUGCUUGUGGCAAGUCCGGCUGCUAUUGCAGACGUGCUUGUACACCAAAGCUACGACUUCGAGAAACCGCCGUUCGCGAGAAACUUCCUGAGGAAAUUCUUAGGCGAUGGGUUGUUGAUGACCGAGGGUGACGAGCACAGGCAUCAGCGCAAGCACAUCAUGCCGGCUUUCAGCUUUCGCCAUAUCAAGGAGCUGUAUCCUGUAUUUUGGUCAAAGUCGAUUGAGCUUUGCGAGGUGGUCAAACGUGAGCUAUUGGAUAAGCCCGAUAAGGUCCUCGACAUCGGGCACUUUUCAACGCAAGUUACCUUGGACAUCAUUGGACUUGCUGGUCUCGGUCGUGAUAUAGGGUCAUUGAGGAAUAGCGAUGACGCGCUGGUCCAAAACUACGAAGAGAUAUUGGAACCGAGCACUGAAAAGGCCGUGUACUUCGUGUUGCAUCUGCUGUUCCCGCCAUGGGUCAUGACGGCGCUGCCUUGGAAACUCAACGAACGGGUCAAAGUCACUACGGGAAACCUGAAGAGAAUUUGCGGUGAAUUUGUGGCGGAAAAGAAGAGCCGGAUGAAGAUGGAAAGUGAAGAUCACAAGGAUAUUCUGAGCAUCAUGCUCCGAUCAAAUAACUUCUCGGACGACGGGAUUGUGGAUCAGCUCUUAACAUUUCUCGCCGCAGGACAUGAGACAACAUCUUCAGCUCUAACAUGGGCAACUUACCUACUCUCAAUGCACCCCAACGUACAGACACGCUUGCGGAGAGAAAUCCACGAGAACAUACCCGAUCCAAAGGCAUUAUCAGGUCCUAACUUCGCCAUCGCCACCCUCCUCGAAUCUCUACCGUACCUCAACGCCGUUUGCAAUGAAGUUCUCCGCAUGUUUCCCACCAUUCCCGUUUCGGCACGAAUGGCCACUCGCGACACCACUGUCUGUGGCCAUUUCAUUCCCAAAGGCACACUCCUUCAUAUCGUCCCAUGGGCUACAAACCGUGACCCAGCGCUUUGGGGUGCGGACUCUGAGAAGUUCGUUCCGGAACGUUGGAUUGAUGAGUCGGGACGCACCACCAUGAAUGGCGGCGCUGAUAGCAACUAUUCAUUUCUGACCUUUCUGCAUGGACCGCGGAGCUGCAUUGGGGAACGUUUUGCGAGGGCGGAGUUGAGAGCAUUGGUGGCUGCUUUUGUGGGUGAUUUCCAGAUGCAGAUGGCAAACCCUGAUGAAAAGGUCCGCCCUGGCGGGACCAUAACGAGUAAACCGAUUGAUGGGAUGAGAUUGAAAUUAGAGCCCGUGACAUGGGGCCAGUAA